CUCUAGCGCAACAAUGGCGGGCGGCUUGGAGUGGGAUGAGUAUAAAGGUUUAAGAAUGGCGGUGGCUUUUCCAAGUGGGGUUGUCGUUUGUGAGCCUUUGUAGCGAGCAGAGGGGGAAAUGCGGCUGCCACUCGCCUCCCUGGUGUUGGCGAUCGGGUGUGUGGGGAUCACCUUUGCCCAAUAUAGUUACCUGCCCCCGACGAAUCCCCUUAUCCCUGAUGGAAGUGGGAAUGGCAAUGGCAUCCUCACCCCGCCCCCGGUAAGGCCGCCGCCCGUCGUGCCCCCCGUGAGGCCGCCGACCACCAGACCUCCCUAUGUGCCACCAACGACUCGUCCUCCUACUCGUCCUACUCGUCCCCCAACUCAGCCCCCACGUCCCCCACCAACCAGACCACCCAUUCGUCCCCCUACUCAGCCUCCUCGUCCCCCUACCCAGCCUCCUCGUCCCCCUACCCAGCCUCCUCGUCCCCCUACCUUGCCUCCUCGUCCCCCUACUCUGCCUCCUCGUCCCCCUACCCAGCCUCCUCGUCCCCCUACCCAACCUCCUCGUCCCCCUACCCAACCUCCUCGACCCCCUACCCAACCUCCUCGUCCUCCUACCCAGCCUCCUCGUCCCCCAACUCGUCCUCCUACUCGUCCCCCUAUACCAACUCGCCCUCCACCACCUACUCGUCCCCCUCAACCCCCAACGCGUCCCCCGACCCGCCCUCCCACCACCCCUGACGACCACGACCACCACCACCACGAUGACCACCACCACCACCACCACCACAGCGACGACCCACUGGACUGGCUGAGGGAGUCUGUUCCUGGAGAGCCUGGCGAGGACUACCCGAUCUAUGGCUGGCCGAUCAUUGAGACCUCCUUCAGCUGCUCCGGCCGUCCUGCAGGUUUCUACGCUGACCCAGAGACGCGGUGCCAAGUGUUCCACAUAUGCAACUACAACACUGGCAUCAAGAACAUCUGUCCCAACGGCACCAUCUUCUCCCAGGAGCAUUUCACCUGCCGCUGGUGGAACGAGGUGAACUGCGAACAGGCCGAGUCAUUCUACGAGCUUAACAACCAAAUUGGUGUAGUCCCCCCUGACAGCCCCUACCAGCCGCAGCCCCUGCCCAGCAUCCCACAGACACCAUCCCCAGUCCGUCCCCAGCCCCCACGUCCCGUCACUCCAGUAAGGCCUCCACAACCACCACAACCCAUCACCCCAGUAAGGCCUACACCACCACGUCCUGUCACCCCAGUAAGGCCUACACCACCACGUCCUGUCACCCCAGUAAGGCCUACACCACCACGUCCUGUCACCCCAGUAAGGCCUACACCACCACGUCCUGUCACCCCAGUAAGGCCUACACCACCACGUCCUGUCACCCCAGUAAGGCCUACACCACCACGUCCUGUCACCCCAGUAAGGCCUACACCACCACGUCCUGUCACCCCAGUAAGACCUACACCACCACGACCUGUCACCCCAGUAAGACCUACACCACCACGACCUGUCACCCCAGUAAGACCUACACCACCACGACCUGUCACCCCAGUAAGACCUACACCACCACGCCCUGUAACCCCAGUAAGGCCUACACCACCACGCCCUGUAACCCCAGUAAGACCUACACCACCACGACCUGUCACCCCAGUAAGGCCUACACCACCACGCCCUGUAACCCCAGUAAGGCCUACACCACCACGCCCUGUCACACCAGUAAGGCCUACACCACCACGACCUGUCACCCCAGUACGGCCUGCACCCCCAAGCACAGCUCCUGGAUACGACAUCUCGCCGCCUAAGACCCCAGCGAAUCUGUACGGACCACCAAACUAAGAAAGAUCUCCCCCAGUCGGCCCACACGAGCGGGGCAGCAGGGGCGGGUCUGAAGCAAGCGGCCUGCACCUCAAGGACAAUACAAGAGGUCCUGGAUUCCCUUUAGACUUAACACAACACCCGAGUAUGGCUGCCUAGGGAUUUAAGCCUCUAAGCUGCGGUACUUUUGGGAAAUCAUACGAAAUUCUGUCCCCCUUCCCAUUCUUUCUCCAUUCAUCAAGCAGUCAAAAGAAAACGGACGAGAAAGGCUCCUCCCUGCACCCCCACACCACUACAUCCCCACCCUUACCUUUCCAGACGCAGCCUCCGAUGACGCCUUGUACAAAAUUUUCUUCCGUCGGAUAGAAAAGGCCUCAUCGACCCAAACUAUGGACAUACAUGUACAUAAACGCCAUUGGUGUGAAGCAGAGUGAUAUGGUAUGGUACGUGAUGCACUGUAGCGUCACCUAUGUAUUCCAUGUGCUACACAGGAACCUUUUUUUUUUCUCUUUGUCUUUGGUUCAACUCAAAAUGGAGAUUACUUGAGGGAAAAAAGUAAUCAUCUGUUGAAUUCACUCCUUGAACGACACGAACGACAUCCCAACGUUAGACUAAAAGUAAAUGCGUAGACGUCUUAGGGAGCCAUCGCGAGGCAGCUCUCAGAUCAACUCAACCCACUCACUCGGUCACGAUACCUCCAGAUUCUCGUGGUUUAGAUUGGAUUGUGUACAGUGCUGGUUGCGCUUGCAUGCUGUAACCUUAGUAUUAAAUAAACAAACCUGAAUGUGUG